CUGGAAACGCGGCCAAGCGCCGCUGCCGGGGCUCGGCGUGCGGCUGCGGGGCGGGGGGAGCCCCGCAGGGCCGGCCCGCAGAGCUGGAGCCGCCGCUCGCCAUGAGCCGCUCCCGGAGCAGCGCCUCCCCCACGUAGAAUAAUAAAAAUAUAAAGCGGGCAGGGCGCGGGAGCCCGCGGCAUCCCCGGCACGGGGGAGUGCGUGUGUGUGCGCGGGGGGCGCCCCGCCGCCCCGCCGCCCCCCGCCGCACCGCAGCGUGCGGGCAGCGAGCGCGAUGCGCCCCGCGCUCGGCUCUGCGGAAUAGCGCGGCCGCCGCUCGCCCUCCGCGGGCUGGGGGCGCACGGACCCGACCGCUGGCCAUUCCCUCUUGAUGUCCAUGAAUGCAAACACCAUGAUUUUCAUGAUCCUGGGCGCCUCUAUCGUUAUGAGUUGACCAGAUGCCUUGGUUGUGGGCUCUUACAGGCAAUAGCUUGCUUGAUGGACAUGAAUGCGUUGUUGGACAGAUUUCACAAUUACAUCCUACCGCAUCUCAGAGGGGAGGACCGAGUUUGUCACUGCAACUGUGGAAGGCACCACGUGCACUAUGUCAUCCCCUACGACGGGGACCAGUCGGUGGUGGACUCCUCGGAGAAUUACUUUGUGACUGACAACGUCACCAAGCAGGAGAUCGACCUGAUGCUGGGGCUGCUGCUGGGCUUCUGCAUCAGCUGGUUCCUGGUGUGGAUGGACGGGGUGCUGCACUACGCCGUGCGCGCCUGGCGGACCAGCCGGCGCUAUGACAACUCCUGGUCCUGGAUCCCGAAAUUUUGUAACUUGAAGGAGCUGAGGAAGCGUCACCACCGGCAGUACGAGGAGGCCACCGGGAACAUGGUGCACAUCAAACAGAAGCUGUACCACAACGGGCACCCCAGCCCCCGGCACCUCUGAGGGACCCCCAGCCUCCAGGGACUGCAGCCAGCUUUUAAAACACACACAGGACUCCUCUUCCUCCUGGGGAACAGCCUCUGGAUCGCUCCCGAGCCAGCUGAGGACACGGAUUUUCGGGAUCCAUCCCGGGUGUCCACGGGUGGACACGCCACGAUGCACAACUAAAGCCAGUCCUGGAUGCUCUGCAGCCAAGGCUUUGCACUGUGUUCCACAUUUUAUUGUCAGACUCGUGUAAAUAUGUAA